AAAUUCCCAAAGUAUCUACAACUUUGUUCGAUUCUUCUCAAUUUAACACAAAGACGCUUUCAACACGUCUCGACCUUUGUUCAGGGCGCUCUGUGUGCGCAGGUCGCCUUACAGAAGUAUCUUAAAUCUUACUCCCACUAUCAGGAUGGCUACCAACGCUGCAUCGUACAAUCCAAGUAAGGACUGCAACAUUAUAGAGUUCUCGAAUCUACAGCUGACUAGAAAUGACUGACAGUGGGGGAAGAGACCGGUCCAGUCACAGGGCAGCCACCUGCGGUCUCAAAGGAAACCAAAGCUGCACUUGCAAAUGCAGCAGAAUCCAGCGCAACAGGUUCACAUGUGCCAGGACAAAGCGUGGCUCCUGUAGCUGGUGAGGGAGAAAAGAAAGUUAAAAGCGAGAAAGAGCGUAUGAGUUCCGUCUGUGUGCAAAGAGUUUCACAAGCUAAUUCUCUGCUGCGCAGUUGAGAGAGAACGCAAGAAGGCAGAGAAACAAGCUAAGUUUGACCAAAAAAAGCAAGCCCAAGAGGCAAGUGCUGCUUCAGCUGCAUCGAGCAAGAAUAAGGAGAAGAAAGCCAAAGCCGAGAAGAAGGCUGCUGAGGAAGUCUUGCCAAAAUACGUCGAGGAUACUCCAGAAGGAGAAAAAAAGAGUAUGGCAAUCAAAUUGGAAAGCCAUGUUCAAGUAACAAGCUAAUCAAUUUGUACAGUUAUAAAAUCUUUCGACGACCCUCAAUACAAGGCAUAUAAUCCAAUUGCCGUUGAAUCUGCUUGGUACUCAUGGUGGGAGAAAGAAGGCUUUUUCAAGCCAGAAUUCACCGCAGAUGGAGAAGUCAAACCAGAAGGAUCUUUUGUAAUCGUCGAGCCACCGCCCAAUGUUACCGGAAAUUUACACAUGGGACAUGCUCUUCCCAACGCUUUGCAAGAUUUACUCAUUCGUUGGAACCGUAUGCAUGGAAAGACAACACUCUGGCUUCCAGGAUGUGACCACGCCGGUAUUUCCACUCAGAGCGUUGUUGAGAAUAUGUUGUGGCGCCGCGAGCAAAAGACUCGUCAUGAUCUUGGAAGACCCAAGUUCGUUGAGACUGUCUGGGAUUGGAAGGAUGAAUACCAUAAAAAGAUCAAUGCCGUUCUCCGUAGGAUGGGUGGAUCCUUCGAUUGGACCCGUGAAGCUUUCACGAUGAACGAGAAUUUCUCUGCCGCUGUUACAGAAACAUUUGUAACACUGCACGAGGAGGGUAUCAUUUAUAGAGCCAACAGACUCGUGAACUGGUGCACAAAACUUAAUACUUCUCUGUCGAAUCUCGAGGUGACUAACAAAGAACUCGCGGGCCGCACACUUCUUGAUGUGCCAGGAUACGAUAAGAAAGUGGAAUUUGGAGUCAUCGUUCACUUCCAGUAUCAAAUUGAGGGAUCUGAGGAGAAGAUUGAGGUCGCUACAACUCGUGUUGAAACCAUGUUAGGUGAUACUGGUAUUGCAGUCCAUCCUGACGACGCUCGUUACACGCAUCUUGUUGGAAAGAAUGCCAUUCAUCCUUUCAUUGAAGGACGCCUAAUGCCAAUCGUUGCCGAUACCUAUGUUGAAAAGGACUUUGGUACCGGUGCUGUUAAGAUUACCCCAGCUCACGACCCGAACGAUUUUGCUCUUGGUCAACGCCACAACCUUGAGUUUAUCAACAUCUUGACCGAUGAUGGUAAGAUGAACGACAAUGCAGGCCCUUACGCCGGGCAAAAGCGUUUCGAUGUUCGUUACACUAUCCAGGAAGACCUAAAGAAGGCUGGUCUAUACGUCGAUAAGAAAGACAAUCCGAUGACUGUCCCGCUGUGUGAAAAAUCGAAGGACGUGAUUGAGCCAAUGUUGAAGCCGCAGUGGUGGAUGAAGAUGAGAGAAAUGGCAGAUGAAGCUAUCAAGGUUGUGAAGUCUGGCGAGAUCAAGAUCAAGCCCGAAUCAGCCGAGAAGAGUUAUCUUCGAUGGAUGGAAAAUAUAAAUGAUUGGUGCUUAUCCAGGCAACUGUGGUGGGGCCAUCAAGCACCCAUGUACUUUGCUCAAAUUGAAGGUGAUGAGAAUGAUGAGAGUAAUGGUGAUCGGUGGUUCGCCGGCAGAACACAAGAGGAAGCAGAAGCCAAGGCCAAGAAGGCUCUUUCGGGUAAGACUUUCACACUCAAGAGAGACGAGGAUGUCUUGGAUACCUGGUUCUCAUCUGGUCUCUGGCCUUUUGCUACUAUGGGUUGGCCAAACAAGACAAGCGAUUUCGAAAAACUGUACCCAACAUCAGUACUCGAGACUGGCUGGGAUAUUUUGUUCUUCUGGGUUGCUCGAAUGAUUAUGUUUGGUAUCAAGAUGACUGGCAAGGUGCCGUUCACAGAAGUAUACUGUCAUUCUUUGGUUCGAGACUCUGAUGGUAGAAAGAUGUCGAAAUCAUUAGGCAACGUCAUUGAUCCUCAAGAUGUAAUCCAAGGUAUCGGUCUUGAGGAUUUACAUGCCAAGCUCUUGGUCGGUAACCUUGCCCCUGCAGAAGUUGAGAAGGCGAAGAAGUAUCAGAAAACCGCUUUCCCUGACGGAAUUCCAGAAUGCGGUACUGAUGCUUUGCGAUUUGCGUUGGUGUCCUACACGACUGGUGGCGGGGAUAUUGCAUUCGAUAUCAAAGUCAUUCACGGAUACCGAAAGUUCUGCAACAAGAUCUAUCAGGCGACAAAAUACGUGGUUGGCAAAUUGCCUGCCGAUUUCGUUCCGCAAGAGACUGCAAAGCUCACAGGCAAGGAGUCUUUGUCUGAGCGCUGGAUCUUGCAUAAGAUGACCAUGGCUGCGAAAGAAAUCAACCAAAAUCUCGAAGACCGUGAAUUCAUGCGUUCAACAACUGCUGUUUACCAAUAUUGGUACAACCAGUUGUGCGAUGUAUACAUUGAAAACUCUAAAGCAAUUCUUCAAGACGGCACCGAAGAGGAGAAGAGAUCUGCUACUGACACUUUGUACACUGCUCUUGAAGGUGCUUUGACCAUGAUUCAUCCUUACAUGCCUUUCUUGACCGAAGAGCUCUGGCAACGACUUCCUCGACGUCCAGAAGACAAGACCCCGUCUAUCGUUCUUGCAAAAUACCCAGUCUAUGAAGCAGGCUUAGAUGAUCCUGCAUCCGAGGCAGCUUAUGAGCUCGUUCUGGGUGUAUCCAAAGGUAUUCGAUCUUUGAUGUCUGAAUAUUCGCUCAAAGGUGAAGGAAAAGGUAAGCCGAUAUCAGCAGGCUAUAACAGAAGGAUCCAUACUAACAUGAUGCUCUAGUGUUCGUUCAAGCCUACGAUACUACCUCCCACUCCACAGUCACAUCUCAAGUCCAGUCUAUAAAGUCUUUGUCCGGUAAGGGUGUAUCUUCCUUGGAAGUACUUUCCUCAACCGAUGCUCGCCCAGCUGGUUGUGUGGUAUUCUCCGUGUCCUCCGCUGCCGCUGUCUUCUUGCAUGUCAAAGGCCGCGUAGACAUUGAUGGCGAGAUUCAAAAAGCAGCUAAAAAGCUAGAGAAGACUCGUGCAGGUGUUGAGAGACAGAGAAAGAUUCUUGAUGAUCCCGCAUACCAAGAGAAAGUUAGCAAAGAGCUGCAAGAAAUAGAGAAGAAGAAGCUCGCAGAUCUUGAAACUGAACAGCGCGGUUUUGAGGAGACUAUAAAGCAAUUCGAGACUUUAAAGCUAGAGUAGAUAGAUGCAUAUCUGUAGAUUUUAAGCAGUUAAACAUCCAAGAAUACCAAAAAAGUUCCA